ACCAGCUAGCCGUUGCUUUCCUUGACGCGCGCGCACACCCCAGGGCUAGUGAGGUAGCCGUAGCUCCGGCAAUGGCCGGUCUCACCGUGCGACAGCAGUGGCUUGUGGCCCUCCUCGUCGGCCUCCUCGCCGCGGUCCAGGUGGCUGACGGGGCGCCGUGGUUCUGGCCGCCGGGAGGGGACGACCCCGGCGGCUGCCUGAGCUGGCGGGUGAUGGUGGAGGCCAACAACGCCAAGUACUGGCGCGCGGUGCCGGCGCCCUGCGUCGGCUACGUCUGGGCCUACAUGUCCUGGGGCCAGUACGGCCGGGAUGUGAGCAGCGCGACGGACCAGAUCGCCGCCUACGCCAGCCAGACCCCCGCCGCCGGCGACGGUCUCGACGCCUGGGUCCUCGACAUCGACGACACCUGCCUCUCCAACCUGCCCUACUACCAGGCCAAGCAGUUCGGGGCUUACGAUCCGACGGCGUUCAAGGCGUGGGCGAGCAGAGGGACGUGCCCGGGGAUUCCGGCGAUGGUGAGGCUGUUCUGGACGCUCAAAGGGGGAGGCUUCAGGGUUUUUCUUCUCUCCGGGAGAGACGAGGAGGCUCUCGGCGCGUCCACGGCCGCCAACCUCGCCGCAGCCGGUUUCGCCGGGUACGACCGACUCAUCUUGAGGAGCGCGGCGUACCGGGGGCAGAGCUCGGUGGUGUUCAAGUCGGCGGAGCGCCGGCGGCUGGUGGAGGAGGGGUACCGGAUCCGCGGCAACGUCGGCGACCAGUGGAGCGACCUGCAGGGCGACUGCGCCGGCGACCGCGUCUUCAAAGUGCCCAACCCCAUGUACUUCGUCCCCUGACCGCCCGAACAAUGUACUACUAGUAUGUAACAUGUAAAUAACGUGACGGCGAAGCACCGCUAUAUAUAUGGGGUGGCCGUGUAUCCCCGCCCCAGGUGGGGUUUGGACUCUAGCUGCCGCCGCGCGCAUCACCCGCACCGGCGUAUACAAUCAUAUCUUCUUCCUUCCCAACGAUUCCCAUUCCCUCCCGCGCACAGAUACAGAUAGAGAGCUUUACUAGAGAGGGUGGAGGUGGAUGGGGUGGCGACAGGCACGGUCG